CACUAAAAUACCACAAGAUAAGCAUUCUCUGAAUAUACUUAUUAUUAUCAUAACUAUUCUGACCACAAUUUAAUUUUAAUGGUAUUCAUGAUCAAUAAUCAUAUUUAAUUUUGUCUCAUUCAUAUCAAAUCAGGUUGAUUAAAAAACCGAUCAUGACUAAUGGUGACUAACCCCCAAACAUUAUUGUCACCAUGAGGGGAAUCUCAGCCAGAGUAGGUACUAUGGUUUUGAUAUAAAGUAGGUACAUUACAUAUGCUAUUACCUAAUGAAUGUGUCGUUAGAUCAAAACAAUAUGAUAGAGUAUACCUUUGAGUGCAUUGAAUGAGUCAUUCCAAUUUUAUUGUUGAGUCAAUUUGCGAAAUCUUGGAAUAUAAGUAUUUUAAUGUGCCCAGGGACUAACUGCUUUGACGAAGGAUGCUGACAUAAAUAAUAAUAAUUUUACAUACCAAAACAGUAUAUAGAGUAACAAGUGAGCAUUACUCGCUUGUUAAUGAAGAAUUAGUAAUGUCAAUAACAAACUACCUAUAUGAAGCGAAUGAAUGCAACAAAGACAAUGCACUCGCUGAACGUAAGCUGCUCUAAUUUACUGGCUCACAUAAUUAUAAAUAUUACAACGCGAUGUAAUCACACAAUAUGCCGUGAUUGAUGGUGAAUAAAAUGGUUCAUUUGAAAAUCUAAUUGAUAUAUUUCAGAGGGUAGAGAUCCCGAUGCAAAGAGCCUGUUGAAUUUGUUUCUAAUAAAGAAAGCCCAACUGGGACCGAUUAUUAUCAUAUUAUUCAAUUAAUUGAAACAAACAAUGACUCACGUCCACCUUCGGGCGUUGGUAAAACAUAUAUCUCAGCAGCUACAUGGGUGACGUAAACAUCAUUGGCGACUCUAUAUACGGCUCAGUUAUCCAGAUUGCCUUUUCGGUCUCAGCAGUCGAGCUGACAAAGGAAGGAUCUAGAUAAUUAGCCGGUGACAAGAAUAGACGUCGCGGCCGGGCCCUGGGCCAGCUGACGUCAGCGCGCCAGGGCCGGCGGCGGGGCAAGACGGGCCCCGCGGCAGUGCCGCGCGCGCCGUCCGCCCGGCCGCACGCUGCCCGCUCCGCCGCACCCGCUGCCACCAGCCCGCCUCUCCGGCUCCGAGCCUCCGCAGUCCGCACCCGGCCACCGUCGCCCACUCGCCUGACCUCACCAGCCACCGCCAGACUCCAGCCGCGACACACAAAAUGGUUCGCAGAUACGAAAGGAUGAGCGGCCGUCAAUCCUGGAGCGAAGAAGACAUGGCGAAAGCCGUCGCUGCCGUGGUCUCCGGCAAGAUGGGCUACAAGCUCGCCGCCAGGACCUUCCACAUCCCGCGCUCCACGCUGCAGCGCCGCGCCAGCAAGGUGCGCUACCAGCAGCCCGACGACCCCAAGCCCCUCAUGGGCCACUACAGGCGCGUCUUCACAGACAGCCAGGAGAAAGACCUAGUCGGAUACAUAAAAAGCAUGGAGAAAUACUUCAUGGGCGUCUCCAGACGCGACAUCAGGGAACUAGCCUUCCAGUACGCCGAGGAUAACCAACUGAACCAUCCCUUCGACGUCAACAGCAGAAUGGCCGGCGAGGACUGGGUAAGGAACUUCCUAAAGAGAAACCCCGAACUCCUGGACAAGCCAGACAAGGACUCGGAGUUGGAACCGGUGAACUUUGAUCAAUUUUAUCACUUCAUGGUUCAGUUCUCAUGAUGCCCGACGUAACGACUCGGGGGGCGCCAGGUCAAGUACGGGGCCGAGAGAGCCUCGCGUCGCUUGGGGCCAAUCUAUUAGUGUUUCUGACUGACUUCGCCGCUAGUAACGUCAAACGGGAGACUGAAUAACUUUACUGUAGCCAAUGUAUUCAUGCCUUACGAGGAUAUCUAAGAGACUCACAGACAAACAAUAUUAAACAACACUAGUGGAUUGGUAUUUACUAUUAAGAUAGAAAAAUAAGAUUUUCAAAAUAUUUUAACUUAAUAAUAUAUUCAAAAGAUAUUUGAUUUAUAACUGUAUUUAUGGUAGAGCAAAGCUCAAAUUCGUUGUUACUUUAAAUGUUUUUAUUCCGUUUUAUUUAAAUGCGAUUAAUUUGUAUACACUACGUACUUACUUAGCUACCAAUUGCUGAUACAUAGUUAUCAUCUAUUUAUAGUCUAAAUUCUGUUGUUUAAUGGUAAAGUGACUUGUUGAAUCGAGGGCUGUGAUAAAGAGAAGGCGUAUAUUUUAUUGAGCAUAUCAUUAUUGAGGUAAUGCUAUAAAACAAAACGAUGAUAAUUGUAGGACACUGAUACGUAGCACAAAUUUAUAGUAGGUAUCCUAGUUGCAAUUUAUUUUGUGGUAUUAUACAUGUUACGAAUAUAUUGUCACAUUUUGCAAGCGCAAUACUAAGAUUUUUGGGCACACAUUAGCUUUUUAUAAUUAGUCAAAUAUUUAAAUAACCAAGUUACUAUGAAAAUUAACAUUUUACAACAAUAUUACAGUGCUAUUUUAAUGGGUUAGAAACAAGAAAAUAAUACUUUGACUCUACUUGCGCAAGGCCGAAUUUGUCUUUGGAUAAACCUUGACAAAUAGUAACUUGUUUCAGCUGUAGUAGGUAAUAUUUAAAUUAUUCAGGUUUUUGCUUUCAGGAACUAAAAUGUUCCGUUUUUCACCAAUGGCUUCAUUCAAAAUUAUUUUAAAAAAGAACACAAGAGUUAUUUAAUUAUAUUUUCUAAAAAGAACACGAAACAAAUACUUGAACAGAUUUAUUUUCAGUAAAGUAAGCAAUAUUAGUUUUCAAUAAAUCGAAACUCUACUUCAACCAAAACCUGUUGAGACCUAGCGUUUUACGAACUUUUCAAGUUAAAGUAUGUCAGUCGAUUAGUGGUGUCAAGCACUACUCAGUUCCAGCAGUUGAAGUGUUGUGACUUAGCAAUACCUAGUUUUUAGCGGUUAAUUCAUAACCGGGGUGUUUAAAGUGCAAUUAAUUUAGUUUUUCAGAAGAAGCUGUGCCAGCAUUCUAUCUUUCUUCACUGAAUCACGUAAUAGGUUUCUGACAGUACACGUUUGGUGAAACAAUGACGUCAUUACUAUACAAAAUCUAUGACGCAAUUUGACAGCUCAUAAAAAGUGCGUCAAUGGAUUGAUGAUGCGAACUAAUGCAUACGUACAUCUUUUAUUGCUAUUGAUUCUUAUUAGCAUCACGGAAUGACGAAACAAACACAGAGAUGUGAAUGAAAACAAUUUUGCGAUCAUGGUUUUGCGAUGGACGAGUUUUGUGCAGCUUAAAUUUUUGUUAGAGAAUUAUGCGCUUUUCCUGUAGAGUUUCUAGUGAUAGCCAUAUUGCUAAACCAACGACUAAGUACGAAAUUUAAGAUUGGAUUCUUUCCUUAGUAAACAAUAGUGGGUUGGUUGUUGAUGGUAGAUGUAGGUAUAUCUAUUAAUAGUGUCAAAGUGUCAAUGUUACAUUAUUUUUAUAAUUCCCUCCCUUGGUACAUACUUUGUCUUAUUGUGAUAUGGUAAUGGUGAUUGGUGAUAUUAGAAGGGAAAGGUUUAUUCUUAUAAACAGUUACGAAUUCAAGCUAGAGUAUACGAGCGACGAAAUUUUAUUUAAAUUGUUGAUGUGUAUCAGUUUAUUUUAAAGUCAACUGUAACAGUAACUGUGGUAAAGUCGAGAGCACAUAGGACUCUACAGCACAAUCACUUAAAAAUUGUGUAUUUUGAUAGUCGUUCUUCGAAUAAUUUGUCAUUGAAAGUAUUUUUUCAUUCAAUACGUUAAUAUUCUGUCUUAAUAAAAAGGAAUUGAUAAAUAGAAUUUUGAUAAUUUGAAUGUAAUUUGUCACAUCAAGCUUCUUACGCAAUUGAAAUAUUUAGGUGCUUACUCUGUAACAAAAAUGUAUAUAAAUAAUAUGAUGUUCUUUGGACUAUACUCGUUUUUUCGUAACAUACUAUAAUCAGGUUUUGUUUCUUUGAAUAAUAUUACUGCUAAGGGUGUCUAAAGUUUUUAUAAAAAAUCAUAUUUUUACAUGGUCAGGAAUAGAAAUGUUGGUAUUUAUAAUUAUUGUAACAAUGACGAAACAUAAAUCGUAUCCAAAAGUGUGGAAUAUUUGUCGUUACCUGAGUUAAUUUUUGAUCUCUUAUUUUAGUAAAUCAAAAGUAGGUAGAUAUAUGAUAAUAUUUAUUAACUGUUUGAAUUAUUGUUAGUAAUCGUUGGUCUUAAGAUAUUUUGAAACGUGGAAAGUGGUAUGCCAAACAUUGUUGAUUUUUAUUUGAGAUUUAUGAUUCCCUCCUAACUAACAAAAUAUUAAGUCAAAUAUGUUAAUUUAUAAACAAUACUUUAUGCAACUUAUGCUGAACAAAAGCCAUUGUUCCGAGUUUAUAUUUAGAACA